GCCCGGACCCGGGCGCGGCCGCCAGUCCAUAGCUACCCGCCUCGUGCCGCGCAGCUCCCCUACCCUCCCCUCCCGUCCCCGUCAUAAAAUCUUCGUCACCCGUCUGCUCGGCUACUAACUCGCCAGUGGAAGUGUCAGCGGCCUCCCCACGCACCCGGCCGCGCCUCCCAAUCACGGGCAAAAGCCGCACCCCGCCGUCUCCGCCCACUGAUCUGACCACCGUCGCUGCACCAGAUCUGACGAGCCGAGCCUCCACUCGCUCGACCGCUCAUUGCUACCGCGGGAGCUAGCUCAGCUGCUCCAAUCCGCCCGCGAGGCCGCGGAGCUAUUACCACCGCCGCGGGCCAGGGCAAUGCGGGGCGCGGUGGGCGGGGCAUGGUAGGCAGCGCCGGGCCGGAGUACCGGGAUGGAGGCCGUCGGCGGCGGGGAGGGGCGGAAGCGGGCCCGGGUGAAGGAGGCGGACGCUGAGGACCCCGGGUCGGGGGCCAAGCGGCGGAUGGCGACGCCGUGGGCCCAGCAGCACCCGUCCUCGCGGAUCUACCGCGUCUCGCGCGCCUCGGGGGGCAAGGACCGCCACAGCAAGGUGUACACGGCCAAGGGCAUCCGCGACCGCCGCGUCCGCCUCUCCGUCGCCACCGCCAUCCAGUUCUACGACCUGCAGGACCGCCUCGGCUACGACCAGCCCAGCAAGGCCAUCGAGUGGCUCAUCAAGGCCGCCGCCGCCGCCAUCGACAAGCUCCCCUCGCUCGACGUCGCCGCCGGCUUCCCCUCCCACCCUGCAUCCGCCAAGGAGCCGCCGGCGGAUGCGGCGCCGGAAGGCGCCGCCGACCAAGGGACGCUGCAGCAGCAGCUCACGAGAUCGGGGUGCAGCAGCACGUCCGAGACCAGCAAGGGCUCCGUGCUCUCGCUCUCCCGCUCCGAGAGCCGGGUCAAGGCGAGGGAGCGCGCGCGCGAGCGGAGCGCCGCCACGAGGGACAAGGACAAGGAGCCCGGCGACGACGAGGCCACAGGAAGACGCGCUGCGGCCACCACCUCAGCGCAGGCUGCUUCCUUCACCGAGCUGCUCACGGGGAUGGCUGCGUCCGCCGCCCCCACCGUUGCCGAGCACAAGCAGCAGCAGUCGUCCUCCUGGCAGCCGAUGGCUGUCUCCGCGACCGCCGACUACAUCGGGUUCGCACAGCCUCGGAAAGCCGGGCACGCGAUGGCGCACGCCUUCGCCUCCCCUGCUUCCCAUCUCGGCAACAUUGCGCCGAUCGCCAUGACGUCGGCGCAGCACUUCGGCCUGGCGGGUGGUGCCGUCACCGUCGCCUCAAGCUGCGGCGAGCCGCACGCAGAGAUGACGCAGUUCUCGUUCUUGCAGGACCACUUCAUGCCCGUCCAUGCUGCGGCGGCGUCGGGUCCAGCCGUAGACUACAACCUCAACUUCUCCAUGUCCUCGGGUCUUGUGGGUGUCAACAGUAGGGGAACCCUUCAGUCCAAUUCGCAGCCGCACAUCUCCGGCCACCACCACCACCACCAGCAGCAGCUCCAGAGGCUGUCCACUCCAGUCGACGCUCCAAACAUACCCUUUCUGUUCAGCCCGGCCGCCGCGGUGACCACGCCCACCACGGCCGAGAGCCAGUUCGCCGCUGCGUUCCAGCUCUGGGAUGGGUUCCGGCACUCCGACAUGAAGGAGAAGAGCAAGCACUAAUCAAGAUCUGCUCAAUGCAGAGCUUUUCUGGAUGGUAAGGAUGUGAAGACAUCAAAUAAUUGCAACCUAUUCCUGCGAGCACUAUCCAUUGCUUGAAGCUGCCAUAAGUGCAUUGGGGAUGAUUCCCCGCAUUCUUGGAAGCAGACCAUCCUUCAGACAUCUACUCUGGUCAUUACAGAACCUCAUUGUCGUCACUCUGACAACCUUCUGUCUUUUUUUUUCUGCCUGCUGUUGUUGUAUUCAUUUCGUGGAGGUGUGAUUUUUGGAGCAAGACCUGCUGGAGUGCCCUAUCAAAAGCCACUGUAAUCCUUUCCAUUCCAAACUAUCAAUGGAUGGAUGCGGCCCUUGAUCGGCACUUUAUAAUUUCAGGGGUCAUUUAUCCCUGAUAUUUUUAUGGUUCUCGGUUGUGUGUUGUGCGAGAAGAGAACUCAUGAUCCAAUCUAUCAGAUGAAGUCAUCUGCCGUCAAGUCUGUUCCCCUGUUGUGUGCUGAAUACCAUGCUCUACUGAGAGUCCGAGAUGUAGAAUUAUUUUUUCUGCAGUGAUUAUUUUGUAUU